AUGGAUAACAUGAGUCAAUACCAUAUACAGAUAUGCGUUGAAGCUAGAGAUGACAUUCUAGAUAUACAAUACACGAAAGGGGCUACCGUCCAGCAUGUGUUGGAAACCGCAUGCAAGAUGCUUGGGAUCGAUGACUCUUGGAAUUAUGCGUUGUAUAGCAGAUUGUUCACACAAUGGUUAAGCGAGUCAUAUUCAUGCUUUGAAGAGGAGGGGUUAUUAUUACGGAAGAAGACACCUGAAUAUUACCGUCUUACGAGUGGAUCGGAAGCAAGAUCAACAAUACCUCACUCGCGGAAACGGAGUGUAUUCAAUCAGAAAACAUGUCUUCGAACUCGUCUCCAACCAGAAACCAUCUACCUGUCCACAGUUCUCUUCACCGCCGACAACAAGUUACUCAUGACAGCAGGCUCUCACUAUUAUCCGACAGUUGAGAUAUCACGUGAUCCCCAAUUAUUUUCUAUUUUGUCUGAUGAAUCUGAAGAAUUCAACUGCGCUUUCCGCACAUCUCUUGACUGGUUAGCUCAACCACCAUCAUCACCGCCAUCUGAAAAAUUCUGGUCAAACUGUUUCAAUCGAGCUGUAGAGAAACUACGCAAUGAAAUAGCACUCCCACAUUUAGGAGUAGUAUACGACCAUGUUGUAAUUAUGACAAGCUCAAAGGCAAAAUUCAUAGUCACCGUCCAAUACCUACCAUACUCAUCAAAAGACGAAUUUGCGUCAGAUAUAGUCAAGUCAGGAAUACUCAAAUGGAAAUCACUCGACGAAUUGAAUGCUAUAUACACAAAGGACAGUCACCCGAUAUGGACCAAUUGUUUCUCAUUCUGGUGCUCUCGUAAAUCAAAACUAUCCCCCGGACUAUAUGUCGGAUUGCUCCACACUGAGAGUUCUCUUCAAAGUAUGCGUGUACUAGUACAGAAAGAUCGCAAGCAAUUUAUCCCACUGGAAAAGAUACGCGACGAAGCGUCAAUAUCGUCCGAGGAAGCUUCUUGGAUAAAAUCAUUGAGUGGUUUGAAUCCUGACGGUUUCGAAAACUUGGUUGAUUCUAUCAAGGAAGAUGCCAAGAAUGAAAAUGAAAAUUCAUUGAUAUUGACAAAUUUUCAGCGUGCUUUUGUAGAAUCGUAUUAUAAAUUGCAAAGUGAUACGAAACUGAUGUGGGAUUCUGGUGAUAUUUAUGGGGAACACACCGUUGACGUGUACUAUAAUCAGGAAACAAGACAGAUGUUUAGUAUUCUGGAGGAUUUGGAUAAAGGCCAAUACAGUCGGAUUACAGAAACGGAACCCAGCGGUGCAACUGACUCUGGGGGAAAAGCUGUUGGUAACAGUAAUGAGCAAGCCAAUGCAAGGGCAAAGAUCAAAGAGCAUACUUUAUUUUCUCCCAUGUCAGAUAUACCAAGCAAUACAACCCCAAGCCUAACAGUAACCUCACCAAUCCCCUCCGUUGCCGACGAAGAGUCUCAAAUGAAAUACACCUUUUAUCCCUUUUCGCUAUUUGAUGCGUUACAACAUUCGACACUCAACACAUCAUUGCAUUCAUCCUCCCGUCGUGCAAUGCAGAUACUUCAUGCGAGUCAAGGAUACUUUUCACGUGAACUUGUUCGUUGCUUGCGCGAAUGUAACAUUACACUUGACAAUGCUGAGCCGAACGUUGACGAUUGUUUGUUAGAUCCACAAGUACUUGGGAGUUUGCCCGACGUUGUGAAAAGCAUCAAAUCCGCGUUAGAUAUCAUACGCGAAGAAACGAUUCUCCUAAAGAAUCAAUGGCAUGCUGCAUCAUGGUCCAUGAGUGUGAUAGAGUGGGAUCGACAGCGUACGAUGGGCAGAUACAGUUUUGACCAACCCUCAAUAGUUAAUAAAUGUAGUUUCGGCCGAUCGACCUACAAUACUCUACGUAAAGGUGCUCAAAUGUCCCAGGCUAUCGUUCCGGUCGCCAACAACCGUCAUACAAGCACAAUAGACACUUGUUCGCGCAUAGGUUUCCUUCUCGAAACAAUGAAACAUGCUCCAGAUCGUGCAUGGAGUCAUAUUCGCUCGAUCAAUGCUCCGAUACCGAUAGUUAGGUUUGGAAACGGUGAUACAUUUAUUACAAAAGCAAAGUUGGAUCCAAUAUUGGCAAACUUUCUGGCUAGUACCCUGUUUAUAAGAGUGUAUGAAUAUGGAAACGUGGUCGGACAGAAAGAAGAGGAACGAGAUGAUGAUGCAGGUGAAGUGGAUAAAUACGAUAGUGUAAAGGAGGCUGGGAAAGUGGGAAAGAAGGGAAAGAAGGGAAAGAAGGAAAGCAGAAAAACAGAGACAAAGAAGAAGGCAUCCAGGAAAAAUAUUAUGAGGUCUCUUGGAUUUGGAAGUGGGAAAAACGGGAAUGAUAUUAAUAAUGCCAGUGGCGAUAGCUCUUCGGCCGAAGAAGUCAAAAAGCCAAUAUCUAAAGACAUGUCAAAAAUGAAGAUAAACGGUGAACUAUCCAAGUACAAUUCUACGCAAAGGGCCAAAACUGACGACGCCAAAGUAGAUAGGGAUACUUUGUCAAAAUCAUAUUUUUCUCCCUUGACCUUUUCGCUUCCGAACAUACCACCUCUUUUUCUAGACGAUAUAAACGAAGAUAAGUUUACGAGUCGUCAAAGUUCCGACAACCGUAAAAAGGUCUUUUCCAACAUGAUAUCGACAUCAGCAAGCUCCGAAUCUUCCAAAGUUACAGAGACGUUGGAAAUCCCUGUGAAAUAUGAUAAAAGAGUAGAGCCGGAAUUGAGUGGUCGACGCAUAUUUGAUACCGAAGCUCUUAAAUUCGAUAUCACAACUCAGCGGGACUAUUUAAAUGAGGGAUUAAGUGACGUUCUGAGCGGCAGCUCAAAUGACAGUUCUGCUCCCGUUUCAAGCCUUUCUUCUACACUCACUCCAAUAUCCAUUAAUAUCUCUGCCAAUCCUUCUGCUCCCGCCAAAUUGGCAAGCCCACAACCGACUACACCUACGAACUCGCUAAUGGACUAUUUUAGUCAUACUAAAAAAAAAGAUAGGGCACAGUUACCUACACCGUCAAGUUCCAUUUCCACAACACCUGAUGAGAGAGAUGCAAUAAAUUAUCCCAAUAGCGACAAUGCAAUCCAGUCUAACCGUCUUACUUCUAUUGGCUCAGCUGGGUCUGAUGAACAUCCUACUAGUUCUCUUGUACUCUCCUCGCCAACUACCGAAAGAGAAGGUCCCCUCCCUUUCAACCGCACGACAAACCCUCUCGCCAUGCAAAACAAUAAAAUAUCCAAAUUAAAGCUUAAUGUACAGAAUUCCAGGAAAACUGGUGGAACUUACUCUAAAUCCGCUCCUUCAUCGCCUUUGACAAAAGGGUAUAAACCAGAGCCGUUUCCGUUUGAGAUAUCUAGAUUAAGGCGGAAGGGAGUAGGUGACAUGAAUGAGGAAGACAAGUGCGAAAGUGAAAAAAUCAAUGACAAGAUUCAAAAUGAUCCUCUGAUGAAAUUUGUUACUCCCGCUUUUCCCACCACAUCCUCUUCCGCUCAUAGUUUAUCAACGCUUAGCGAUCCACAGCAAAAGCAAACGCUGCAUCCACAGACACCUUCUCCACCUCCACCCCACUCUCAAAAAAGUUCGACAUCAUCACGCCCGGUAAUCUUACGUUCUGGAACGUUAUUGAAUACUAGCACCAAUUCAUCUUCAUUUGUUUCUAUACCACCCCCUCCACGUCCGCCUUCACCGACCUCACUCGCAAAGUUGAAGAAUAAUAGGGAGGAUUUGAGAAAGAUUGUUACAAACGAGAAGAUUAGCGGAAAGAAUGAAAUUGAACGGCUAGAUGGAAUAAUCAAUGGAUCUGGUGAAGAGAAGGGAGAAAAGUUAGAAGGGCUGCCUGAUAAAUAUAGAAGACGAGAAAGAAUAAUCAGAAUGUGGGAGGAAGCAUCGUUGGAGGAAUCAUCAUCGGCUUCCAAAGGGCAAUAUGAGAAAUUAACGUCAUCGAGUCUACAGGGACAGCAACGAGCUCAGCAACAAACGGCUGUAUCUGAUCGUUUCUCGUUCAGAUCACCCACUUCGCCGACAUGCUUUACAUCUCCGAAUUCACCUACAUCGCCGGCAUCAAAUAGCUCGUCCCAAUCGUUUCAGUUGUUUUCGGAUGAUUCGUCUUCGAACCGAAUGUAUACUACAAGGGCAAGAGCAAAAUCUGUUUCGGAAGCAUAUCAGAAGAGACAAAAAUCUGAGAGAAAAUUUAGAGAAAACGUGUUUGCUAGUUAA